AUGAGGCUAGAGCACGGGCGGCGGGCGUCUCUGGCGAUCACCCUCAACUUUGUGGCGUUUGCUUUUGCCUUAUCAGCGGUGACCACCAGCUACUGGUGUGAGGGGACCAGGAAGGUGCCCAAACCCUUCUGCACAGGACCGCCGCUGAAGGUGAAACAGUGGUUCUGCAUCCGCUUCAACAGCUCCAACAUCAACGACAGCAGGUUGGUCCAGUACAUCUUUGAGAGCGGAGAGGAGAAGUUUCUUUUGAGGAAGUUCCACACGGGAAUAUUUUUCUCCUGUGAGCAGGCUGCCGAUAUGAACGGGUUUGACUGUCGAGACUUCUCAGAGAUUGCACCAGAACACGAAAGAGGGGUCCUGUGGUUGUGUAUCGUGGCUGAGAGUCUGUACCUCACCCUGCUCUUUACAGGCGGGGCUCUGAUGAUCCUGGAGCAGUGCCCUUGCUUCAGUAUCAUGAACAAAUUAAAGCUCAGUGCCUUCGCUGCCUUGUGCACUGCCCUGUCAGGCCUUUGUGGGAUGGUGGCCCACAUGAUGUUCACCACCAUAUUUCAGCUGGCUGUCGCUAUAGGACCAGAAGACUGGAGGCCCAAGACCUGGGACUACAGCUGGUCUUAUGCCUUAGCGUGGGGCUCUUUUGGCACCUGCAUGGGCUCUGCAGUGACGGCGCUCAACAGGUACACAAAGACCAUCGUAGAGUUUAAAUACAAGCGGCGGAACAUCGAGAAGAGCCUGAUGAUCAAGCAGAAGAUGAUGGAGCUGGACCUCCCUGAGCAGAUGUGGGACAUGUACCUGACCACUGUGCCCGUUGACGCCGAGGUACAGCUAGAACUGCCGGUCAACGGCCACAAACCAUCGGCAGGAAUGACAUAUGUGGUCGAAAUGGACAAUGAACCAGAACCACAAGGAGAGGCAUAUUGUUAA